ACACAUACACAUUCACACACACCCAGAGGAAUGAGAUGUGGAGUAUUGUUAUGAAGGAGGUGGAUUUACAUGAAGGACAGCGCAGCAGAGACAACUGGAGCGGAGGAGGGGGAGUCACACACAUUGAGACAAGAACAUGACUUGAAGAUGAGCUGUCCACAGGCGGAGAAGUUAGCAGAGAAGGACUGUCCUCCACCAGAGGAAUUAGAGUGUAAAAUCUGUUACCAGCGCUACAAUGCCCACAACCGCAGGCCUAAGAUCCUGGACUGCCUGCACCGGGUCUGCUCUCGCUGCCUUGUUAAAAUCCUGGACAUUGCUGACGGGGCAGGCUUCAUCUCCUGCCCCUUUUGCCGACACCAGACCGAGAUCACUGAGUAUGAGGUGUCAGCCCUGCCUGACGAUGCUAAAAUCAUGUCUCACUUGGCAAUGCGGGACAAAUCCUGGAGCUCUGACCACAAUGGGGAGGUGGUCCUGACUCCAAAGAGUUUAUCCUCCUCCAGCCCAUCUCACGACUCCUCCAACUGCCUGGUCAUCACUAUAAUGGAAGUGCAGAGGGACUCACAGCACUCCCCAAGCCGAAAUGCCAGCUCUGAAAUCUAUGCUGAGCAGAGCCUGGAUUCGGUAUCGAUGGGAUCUAAUGGGCCUGCUGAUCAGGAUGCCAUGUCCAAGUUCUGUAAUCAUGUCCCACGCAUUCUGGUCUGGCUGCUGGGUUUCUUAUACUUUGGCUCACUGCCACUAGGAAUCUACCUGUUGGUGAUCCAGAGAGUGACACUGGGUAUUGUAUGUGUUAGCUUGGUACCAUCAAGCCUAACUGUUUGCCUGGUCUAUGGGUUCUGCCAGUGCCUGUGCCAGGGCAUGUGUGACUGCUCCUCCAGGGGCUGAUAGGAUGCUACAAGUGAACUGGUGGUCCUAGGAUGGAAUAUGGCCAGCUAUAGUAAACAGGUAUUUGAUGUGUUUUGUGAAUAGAUAGGGGAUAGGUUGAAGAUGAUGCUCUAUUACACAAUUAUUACUAUGGAAAUAAUAAGUAAGAAGACAUAAGAAGACUGCCUUUAGUCUUAACUUUUGUUAGGCUGCCUGCUGCAACUCAGAAACCAGUUUGGCCAAUAGGAACAGAGCCCCUAACAAGCUGUUAGCUGGAGCAGCACCUAUACCUACAUUUAUGUGAUGUACUUCUGCAAUCUUUAUUUGUUCUGUGUUGUGUGUAUGACCUAGUCGAACAUAACAAUUGAGUGCAGAACUUUAAUCUUUGACUUAACAGCAGCACUGAUGAGCGUCUUGGGCCCUCAUUUAUCAACACUGUGUACCAACAAAUAUCUUGCAUGCAGUUAGUUUUAAAUGAAAGGUGGGACUUACUAAUUUGUUAUUUUCCUUUAAGAUGUCUGUAAUUUUAGAAUAGCCCUAAACCAUCAAUACAGCCAAGUGGUCUGUGGUGCAAAAGGAGCACAACAGAUGAAAUACCAUCCAUCAGAUGGCAAGGGUAUUUUUAUACUGGACCACGUGAGCAAUCUGUAAAAAAAACAAACAAGAAAAACAGUAUUUCUAUUGUCUGCAUAAACAGUCUUUAUAAUUGAUUUUCUGAGGAUGUUAUUAAGUUUAUUAACAAUUGCAUUUAGGCAUAACUGUGAAAUUGCCAAACAGAGGAAAAUCAAGGGAAAUUUGGGCACCAGUUAAAAUCAAAGGCACCCAUAUUCAAAUCAAACUGUUUCUUUGUAUUGUAGCAAGGGUUCUUCACACCUAUGAGCCAGCAUUCAUGGAAAUAUGUUACCAAAUGUUUUCUUUCUGUUAAAGCUACAAGUAAAAUGUUAAAUGUGAUACUGGUCUUGCUAUCAGCUCCUAAAACUAUCAAGAUUUUUCUAAUGCCCACUUCAGCCAGGAAUACAUACAAAAUACUGAAUUUAUCUCUCUCAUUAAUACAGACACAGAUCAUUUAGGUUGUUCUGUUGAACCGAUUUGAUGCAUUUGAGGCAUAAACCAUAUUCAUAUCUCAGGUUUUUUGAUACUCUUUCAAUGUUUAGCAACAAACUUUCCAUCCAGUUCCUUGUUGGGUUGAAUACAGUAAGGCUGGUAUACUGGUUAUAAAAAGCACUUUUGGCUAAAAGGUACAGUUUAUGCAUAUGAUAAUCCUCUACCUUCAUGCUUUAAGUCAUGGUGCACACACUGCCAAAAGAAAUCCAUGUGGUUUGUUGUUAGGUGGCAUUUCAAGGUUGUGUGCAUUCGUUAUUUUCUUUUGAAUGUAAAAGUCCCCUACAUGUACCAUCCUGGCAAUGGCAACAAUUAUUAGAUUUUUAAACAUAAUAAAUGCUUUGGACAGUUUAUUACAUGUAUGUAAAGAAACAGAAAAUGCUUAUUUUGUUCAACUCUCCUGUAGCAUGCAGCUUCUCCUGCGGGUUCUACAAAAUUGUUUUCCUUAUAGCUCGGUGACCAAAACAAUCAAUCAACGUAGUGUGUCAUAAGUUUGCCUUCUGGGACAUCUUAAAUUGCUGCAGUUGUAUCCAGCAACGAGUGACAUUUCCAGCAGCACAAAGAAAGAUUAAGAUUGUUUUUUUUUCUUUAUGUGAGUGGAAGUUGAGUAUGUGAGUUUAAACAAUGUACAUUACAGUCAUCAUUUUAUGCACAUUUAACAUACUAACCGUCUUGUGCUCGCAAUCAUUCUUAAUUUUGCUUUGUCAAUUUAAAACUUUUUCUGUACAAUGUUGAUAACCGAGGGCCCUGUGCUGUUAGAUGUAUUCAGUGUUGAACUUCAGGUCAUUUUUUCCUCAAAAUGAAAAAUGUAGCAUUUUGGAAAAGAUAAUCAUUAUGUGCUAAACCUUUCAUCUACAGCGUAAGUCCUGUUCAUUCUCUGAUGCUGUGUUUCUACAUAUACUUUUCUUACUUUUCCUUUGUCAAAUUCUCGUUCACUGUCUCUGUAGCCAGUCUUUAUGUUUUCCUGUGUUUCUGUCUAUGACCUACUAACUGCAGCUUUCAGCUUAGUGCCACACUACUGAUUACAAAAGCUACUAAACAAUGAAAUAAAUGGAGAAUUAUUUUCUAUAUAUUGCUUGGGUCCUUAUUUCUAUGCCUACUGAUUCAGUCCAUUUAUUGAAUAUGAACAAUCAACAUUGCUGCCAUUGCAGGUUAACCUUGUCUAGUCUCCACACAAUUACUUUCAGAUCCCAAUAAAAUAGUAAUGGCUCCAAAGAGAGACAACAAAAGAACUAUUUCUUUCACAUUCAGUGGCACUAACUCACUAACUAUUUUAUCAAGUAUUACGAUGGUCAAAGAUACACAGUAACAAAGCAAUAGUGCUGAGGUUGUUUUUUACAGUGCAACCAGCGAGAGACAGACAAAAGAAGGAGCAACAGAAAAAAGAAACAAAGAAAUGAGAGAUGGCAGUUCAGACAGUAGAAAGAGAUUUUAUUUUCUGCCUGAGUUGGCAGAGCUGUUGGACAGAGUUCUUGUCAGAGGAGCAUUUGUCCUGCUGGUUGUACUAUCUGACAUCUACAGGACCCUGCCUUUCAUCUUUCUGAGCUGAGUGACAGGUUGCAUAAAAAAA